CUUCAUCCCAUUUCUCUUCCGCUUACUUAUCACAUUUCUGCAAAUGGGAAUAUCAUCACAACAUUAAUGUCGUCACACUGAAGCGGUGAAGCGGAAGCUCGAUCUGGCGCGGGCGCUGUUGCGACCUUUCUUCAACUUGAUGAGCUGUCGAGCCCGGAAUAGUGCCACCCGGAGCACGAUUCUCAUGUCAAUCGCGCACUUGGGUAGUGUGGUGAACCAAUGACGGUCCGCGUAUCUUUGGCGAAGCUGCGGCGAAUGUGAAAGCAUCCUCCACCAACUUGAACGAAACGUGGCACCUGCAGUCCGUUGAUUUCGGAGGAGGCGCUGCGCAAUCUCCUCUCGGAGUGGUUCGCCGUGACUCAUCUGUUUCAAGCAGAUCUGAUGUCUAUAAACGACAUCCCGGAAUACAUGCUCUCCGUGUCACGAAUCCAAUAACACCACGCGACGCGUAACGUCGAUGAUCUGCCGCAGCAACACCCGGUACAUAUAGGCGACCUCUGAUACUCCUCACCUUCAGAGACGGUUGAUCCGCUCCCGCCCCGGCAUGGCUCCGCACUAUGAUCUCUCCCUCGGUGUUCUGCAGAUCGGCGCGCUGAUAUCUACGCUGCUAUACGGCGUCAUGAACAUGCAGGCGUACACGUACUAUACGACCGAUGUACAGGGCUGCCGCCGUGUUCGGGCGUUGGCUACUCUUGUUUGGUUUCUUGAAACUUUGCACGUCGUGGUAUCCUGGAUAUACCUGUACAGCAUCACUGUCAUUCAUUAUGGGCAGCCUGCCUACCUUACCAUCAUUCCUUGGUCGCUUUCUUCUGCAGUAGUAAUCGGAGGAGCCGUGGCUACCGUAGCUCAGGCCUUCUUCACAUAUCGUCUAUGGAGACUGUCUCACUCUGUGCAUCUCGCAAUCAUUGGUUGGACGCUGGCUUUGAUACACUUCGCCGCGAUAGUCACCGCCGGUGUGACUGCCAUGAACAGCGCACAUCUCGGUGCAUUCAUGGAUAAAUAUAUGUGGAUCGCUCUGGUCGCCAUAUCGGACUCCCUGCUGCUGGAUGUGUUCAAUACCAUCGGCCUGUGUUAUUAUCUGAACGCUCAGCAGUCUGGAUUCGACAGUCCCUCUCCUAUGCUCGACAAGAUCAUCGCGUGGACGUUGGAGACGAGCUUGAUCACCAGCGUAGUGUGCUCCGUUAUGUUAAUAUCGUGUGCAGCCAUGCCGCGAGGUGCGCUAUGGAUCGCGGUGGACAUGUUUUACGCCAAGAUAUUCUCCAAUAGUCUCUUCGCGUCGUUGAACGCCGGACGGCGUUUCAGUCUGAGCCUUGCGAAUCAACGUCCCGACUUCCGCCAGGCGGUUCAGCAGCCGCGGCUGGUGAUGUUCCAAGAUGGUAGUAAGGUAUCUGUAGUUUCAGAAAGCAAGCACUCCAUGAACAACUCGUCGGCCUAGAGGGAGCCAGGGAUAUGCACGUUGUAACGUACGGUGCCCACGUUGUCGCUUCCGCGUAAGCCGUAAUGUCGCGUGGAGCUGUUUAACAUGAAAUCUGCGUCUUAACGAGACUGGAACUCGCGAGAGAUCUAUGUAGAGCUCGAGGUGAAAUGUGUCUCAUGUGUAACUGAGUUAACCGGUGC